UUAAUUAAAUUUCGAUCUAGCUCCAUUCCAAUUACGACUUUCCCCAAAAGCCCUAGCCUUUACAACACGAUUCUUACACUCCUCCCUCACUCUUUUAUCAUUCUUCAUCUUUUUAAUCUGCAAUCACUAAAUCCGCCACUACAGUCUACAAUUGCAAUUCAAGAGUGCACAAUUUUCUUAGAUCUUUGUUUUAAUCAGUUCUACAUACACAAUCACACAUCAAAACAAAGUUAAAACAACAAUCUCAAAUACAUUAUACCAAUGAAACCACCAAAUCAAGCAAUUAUGAUUUUUAUGAAGCCUAUAUGCACCAUUUUUCUCCUUUCUUUCUCUCUCAUCCUUGCUUUGAUCUUCUUAUCUCCUUCUUCUCUCUUCUCUCAGCUUUCAGUUCCUUCUUAUUCACCUGGAGUUAAUAUAUGGAGCCUUCGGCGUGUUGUUGAGUGGAGACCUUGUGAUUGGUGGCUCAAUGAAAAACCAGCAGCUCUACCUGCAAAGACUAAUGGGUAUAUUCGCGUGGAUUGUUAUGGCGGCCUCAAUCAGAUGAGAAGAGAUUUCUGUGAUGGUGUUGGCAUUGCUCGGUUGUUGAAUGCAACUCUUGUUUUGCCAAAAUUUGAAGUUGCAGCGUACUGGAACGAAUCAAGUGGUUUUGCAGAUGUUUUUGAUGUUGAUCACUUCAUUCAGCAAAUGGAUGGCUUUAUUCAAGUUGCUAAGGAACUGCCACCUGAGCUUGCAUCAAAGGAGCCUUUUCCAGUUGAUUGUAGAAAACGCAAGGGCCAAUUUGAUUACAUUGAAACGGUGCUUCCUCCUCUGUUAGAGCAUCGAUAUAUUUCGUUUACUCCACAAAUGAGCCAAAGGAGAGACAGGUAUCCUCACUACGCUAAAGCUUCUCUCUGCCAAGCAUGUUAUAAAGCGCUACGUCUUACAGAAACCUUGGAGAAAAAGGGUGCUGAGCUACUCCAAGCAAUACCUAAGCCAUUCCUCACCCUCCAUCUACGGUUUGAGCCUGACAUGGUUGCUUACAGCCAAUGUCAGUACACAGGGCUCUCCACUGAGUCCAUGAAAGCCAUUGAGGCUGCAAGUGGAGAGAGAAAACCAUGGACUGGUGAAGCAGCCCGUAUAUGGCGAAAGCGUGGAAAGUGUCCCCUAACUCCUCAGGAGACAGCCCUCAUCCUUGAAUCUCUCGGUAUCCCAAGAAACACAAAUAUCUAUCUAGCAGCUGGCGAUGGCCUGAUGGAAAUUGAAGGGCUGACAUCUAUCUACUCUAAUGUUUUUACAAAGUCUACCCUACUACGUGAUGAGGAUUUCAAGGCCAUGCAUGGGAACACAAAAGCUGCCCUGGACUACUAUGUUUCUAUUAAUAGCGACUCGUAUGUUGCUACUUAUUUUGGUAACAUGGACAAAAUGGUUGCUGCUAUGCGAGCUUUUAGCGGGAUGUACAAAACUCUUCUUUUGAGUCGUAGAGCUUUCUCCGAGCUGACUUUCCAAGGGCUGAAAGGAAGCGAAUUGAAUAGGGAACUAUGGAUGGUUCAUAGAGAUGAUUUUGUCAUGGGUAGAGGAUCGGCUUUGCCAGAUUGUUUUUGUGAAUCUAAACUACAAUAAUAGGUCACAAAUUAUUGUUACGUUACCAAGUCAUCAGAAAUGGUUCUAUUUCUGUUGUAUCUGGUUUCUCUUGUGUAUUCUGCAUGAAAUUAUAUAUCAGGCUUCAUAUGUUUGUACGUAUAAGAUACGAUUAUGCAUUUAUAAAGAUAAGUAUGAUCAUUAGAUGUUUUCUUCA